AUGAAAAAUCUCUCAACCUUACUAUGUGUAGUGGUUAUCUUAUGUAUGAUAAGCCAUGUAUACUGCAGUUUCUGGAUUGCAAACGAACUCAAGUUGAAGAAAAAACUGUGGAUAAGCUGUUUCUCCAAAGACGACCGAAUGGCGCCAGUGAUAAAAAAUCCAGGAGAAGUAUAUCAAAGGAACUUCCGCACCAACCUUUGGGGGACAACGCGAUUCAUGUGUACGUUGAGACAAGGGCCUAACUAUAGACACACUCAGAAUUUUACAGCAUUCGAUCAGCAAAGUCCCAGUGAUAUGGGAGCCUUGUGGGAUUGGAGAGCCAGAGAAAAUGGUAUCUAUUUAAAAGUGUGGGGAGGUCCACAUAGACAAGGCGCAGUCAAUAUGCAUAAAGCGUUUGAUUGGAUUUACUAG